AUGUCUAUAAUAACGCCUGAGAUACAAGUACUACUAGAUCCAAUAGUAGCAACCUUAAAACGACAUCAAAUCCAAGAUGAUAAAGAAAUGGCAUUAACUAUAUCUCAAUUAUUGAUGAAAGUAAUAGCAGUUGCAAGAUGGUCAAAUAUUAAUGAUUUAAUUAAAAUUAUAAGAAAAGUAGGAGUUAUACUAGAUAAAGCUUAUCCAAAAAAUGUAAUACCUGGAAAUAUAGUAAGAAGAGUUUUAGCUUUAAUUCGUGAUGAAAUUGAAACUACAAAUGAAGAAAAUCAAACAACCACUAAUACAAAUUUAAAUUAUACAAAUAUACCAAUGAUGAGUUCAAUGUUUAGUUUAUUAACUACAAAUACAGAUAAUGAAUCAACAAAUAUCCCAUCAUCACAAUCAACUAAAAAACAAACAAGUGAAUUAAGAAGUAUAUUAAUUCAAGGUAUAAAAGAUUUAGUUGAUGAAAUAUCAACAGUAAAUGAAAAUUUAGAAACAAUGAGUAUGGAUUUAAUACAUGAUAAUGAAAUAUUAUUAACACCAACUCCAACAUCAGAUACAGUUUUACAUUUUUUAUUAAAAGCAAGAUCAAAAAGAAAAUUUACUGUAUUAGUUACUGAAAAUUAUCCAAAUAAUUUAAAACAAGCACAAAAUUUUGCAAAAAAAUUAGCUGAAAAUAAUAUUGAAACUAUUUUAAUUCCAGAUACAACUACUUAUGCUGUUAUGUCAAGAGUUGGGAAAGUCAUAUUGGGUACUAAUGCCGUAUUUUUAAAUGGGGGAUGUUUAUCAUCAAGUGGAGUUGCAAGUGUUGUUGAAUGUGCAAAAGAACAUAAAACUCCUGUUUUUGCAGUAGCUGGAUUAUAUAAAUUAUCACCAUUAUAUCCAUUUACAAGAAAUGAUUUGAUUGAAGUUGGUAAUUCAGGAAAAGUUUUGAAUUAUAAUGAACAUGAAUUGGUUGAUAAUGUUGAAGUUGUAAUGAAUCCUUUAGAUGAUUAUAUACCGCCUGAACAUAUCGAUAUUUUUAUUACUAAUGUAGGUGGUUUUGCUCCUUCUUUUAUUUAUAGAAUCGUUUUGGAUAAUUAUAAAACAGAGGAUAAUAAUCUAGAAUAA